AUGUCUCUUCUAAAUAUUUUAGAGGCCUCUCGCCACAAGAGUUCAAAGGUAACUUCUCCCAUUUCGAAAUCUCAAAAUGAAGGGUUGACGGAAGCUUCGCUGGAGAUGGAGACUGAAACGUCCUCGGGCCAACCCAUAACGCAACCUUCUGCACCAUCGCCGAAUUUCCCAACCUCGGCCACCCUUCCACGUCAAACGUUAUUGGAAAUAGACGGUACUUGGGAGAGAAUAUGGAUCCCUCAGUAUAUUGUAGUUGGACUGCAUAAUGGAGGUCUGGUAGUUUUCAAUGUAAAUUUCAACUGUUGGAGGGAGAAAAUCCUAACUGGAGGAGGCUUUAAGGAACAAAAACCCAAGCUCUCUCUUCAAAAGCCAAUCACACCAGCAGUUGCUGAAGAAGUUGCUGAAGAAAGGAAGGAAAUGGGACCUGGCUCUAACUCUCCGACCCCUCCGACUAAUACUGAGGAAGGCGGCAGUAAUGAUAGCACGGCGUCUGUUGAGGCUGCUGAACAAGCAGAGAUCAAAUCUUCAGAGGUGGAUGGUGAUAAGAGCGAGGAAGAUGAAGCUGUUCCCGAUGUCUCUAAUUCGGAGAAGUCCCCUUCCCCUUAA